UGCAGCUGAGUCACCUGGAGUGAGCCUGAGUCCCAUCCCCGACAGCCAAGGACUGUCUGGCACCUUAAAGGUUGGAUUUGGUGCCAUGGAGGGACAGACCCCAGGAAGCAGAGGCCUUCCAGAAAAGCCUCACCCUGCCGCAGCCGCUGCCACUCUGUCCUCAAUGGGUGCUGUCUUCAUCCUCAUGAAGUCCGCCCUGGGAGCUGGCCUGCUCAACUUCCCCUGGGCCUUCUCCAAAGCGGGCGGCGUGGUCCCUGCCUUCCUGGUGGAGCUGGUCUCCUUGGUCUUCCUGAUCAGCGGGCUGGUCAUCCUGGGCUAUGCUGCUGCUGUCAGUGGCCAGGCCACCUACCAGGGCGUGGUCAGGGGGCUCUGUGGCCCCGCCAUCGGGAGGCUGUGUGAGGCCUGCUUCCUUGUCAACCUGCUCAUGAUCUCCGUGGCCUUCCUCAGGGUGAUCGGGGACCAGCUGGAGAAGCUGUGUGACUCCCUCCUGUCUGGCACCCCGCCCGCCCCGCAGCCGUGGUACACAGACCAGCGCUUCACCCUGCCCCUGCUCUCCGCGCUGGUCAUCCUGCCCCUAUCUACCCCACGGGAGAUCGCCUUCCAGAAAUAUACAAGCAUCCUAGGCACCCUGGCUGCCUGUUACCUGGCCCUGGUCAUCACCGUGCAGUACUACCUCUGGCCCCAGGGCCUCAUGCCCGAGUCUGGUCCUUCACUGAGCCCUGCCUCCUGGACCUCUGUGUUCAGUGUCUUCCCCACCAUCUGCUUCGGGUUUCAGUGUCACGAAGCUGCCAUCUCCAUCUACUGUAGCAUGCACAGGCGGAGCCUCUCCCACUGGGCCCUGGUCUCCGUGCUGUCCCUGCUGGCCUGCUGCCUCAUCUACUCACUGACGGGGGUUUAUGGCUUCCUGACCUUUGGGACAGAAGUUUCUGCUGACAUCUUGAUGUCCUACCCAGGCAAUGACAUGGUCAUCAUUGUGGCCCGGGUCCUUUUUGCUGUCUCCAUCAUAACUGUCUACCCCAUCGUGCUCUUCCUGGGGAGGUCGGUGAUGCAGGACUACUGGAGGAGAAGCUGCUUGCGGGGAUGGGGGCCCAGGGCCCUGGCUGACCCCUCAGGGCUGUGGGUCCGGAUGCCGCUGACUGUCCUGUGGGUCACUGUGACUCUCUCCAUGGUGCUGUUUAUGCCCGACCUCAGCGAGAUCGUCAGCAUCAUCGGAGGCAUCAGUUCCUUCUUCAUCUUCAUCUUCCCAGGUUUGUGCCUCAUCUGCGCAAUGGGCAUCGAGCCUAUAGGACCAAGAGUCAAGUGCUGCUUGGAGGUCUGGGGAGUGGUCUCUGUGCUGGUCGGCACCUUCAUCUUUGGGCAGAGCACGGUGGCAGCGGUCUGGGAGAUGUUUUGAUGGGCAGCCAGUGCCUGGCAGGAAGGGGCCCUCUGGAGGCUGACCCCACAUGGCUGCUGUGUGCAGCUGGGAGACCGAUGUCAUUUCUCAUCAUAAAGAUACUGGAGAGACUGA